GUCCACAAAAGUCAAAUUGAGGUCUAGUGGCGCCUCUCGCGGACAUUGCGAACAUUCCUCCUUUUACGGAUUCUUUUACAGUGUCAACAUGGCGGAUCAAACGGAACGGGCUUUCCAACGUCAACCGACGAUCUUUCUUAAUAAAAAGAAAGGAUCUGGUGGUAAGAAGAAAUCUUUGCGCUACCAUCGCGAAGUUGGAUUGGGGUUCAAGACCCCAAGAGAGGCAAUUGAAGGUCACUACAUUGACAAGAAAUGUCCAUUCACUGGCAACGUGUCCAUCCGUGGACGUAUCUUGACUGGCGUAGUCCAAAAAAUGAAGAUGCAGAGGACUAUUGUGAUCCGUCGUGAUUAUCUUCACUACAUCAGGAAAUACAACCGUUUCGAGAAGAGGCACAGAAAUAUGUCUGUACAUUUGUCGCCCUGUUUCAGGGAUGUCGAAAUUGGAGAUGUAGUGACCAUUGGUGAAUGCAGACCCCUUUCCAAAACUGUCCGAUUCAACGUAUUAAAGGUCACCAAGGGCAGUAGCUCCAAGAAAAGCUUCAGAAAAUUUUAAAUACAUAAAUUAAUUAUGUAAUAAAUCUUUUUUUAAGUUAUUU